UCUACUGUUGUUAGAUUUCCCAAAAUAAAAAUAAAAACUCUUGAUGAUACAAAAUGACACAAAUACAAAACAUCUUAUCACACCACUUGGGGUGUAUCAGUUUGAUAAGAGAUACUGACUGUUAUAAAAAGGAUCUUCUAAAUAAAUCGUAUGUAUGUUUUUUUGGUCACUCAAUUGCUUGCGUUAGAGUACCAGAUUUAUAUUGUUAACAACAAUGAAGACAGUGUGUUUGCUGUCUUUGCUUUUCAUUGCAUGUAGUGGGAUCAUUAUAAAGAAUGGAGAAGUUCAAGAUUGGUGGGAGACUUCAAUUUUAUACCAGAUCUACCCAAGGUCUUUUGCUGAUAGCGACGGCGAUGGUAUUGGCGAUUUGAAUGGUAUUACUUCAAAAUUGGAAUAUAUCAAAGAAUUAGGUGUAGGAGCUGUUUGGCUUUCGCCGAUUUUCAAAUCGCCCAUGGUUGAUUUUGGCUACGACAUUGCUAAUUUUUAUGAAAUCCACCAUGAAUAUGGUACGAUGGAAGAUUUCGAAGCUCUAUUGAAAAAGGCGAAUGAAUUAGACAUCAAAGUUGUUUUGGAUCUUGUACCAAAUCAUACAUCAAACGAAAGUGUUUGGUUCCAAGAAGCUCUCAAUGGCAACGAAAAAUAUUACAAUUAUUUCGUUUGGGAAGACGGAAUCAUAGACGAAAAUGGAAAUAGGCAGCCACCGAAUAAUUGGUUGAGUCACUUUAGAGGCAGCGCUUGGGAAUACAAAGAAGAAGUCGGAAAAUAUUACUUACAUCAAUUCGCUGUUGGACAGCCAGACUUGAACUACCGCAAUCAAGAUGUCGUAGAUGAAAUGAAAAACAUAAUCCGGUUCUGGCUUGGAAAAGGUAUUGCCGGAUUCAGGGUAGAUGCCGUGAAUUGUCUCUACGAAGCCGACAAGAAUCUGUAUGGUGGAAAGUACCCUGAUGAACCCUUAUCUGGUAGACUGGAUGUUGACUCAGAAUCCCAUGAUUACCUGCAACAUAUUCACACCAAGGACCACAACGACACUUACUAUAUGGUUUACCAAUGGAGAGAUGUCUUCGAUGAGUUCAAGGCGAUCGAUGGGCUGACUAGAGCUAUGAUGACCGAAGUAUAUGCAUCGAUCCAAGAUGUGGUUAGGUAUUUCGGUGAAGGAGAUUUAAAAGGAGCACAGAUUCCGUUUAAUUUCGAUUUGAUCACUGACGUUGAUGCCAGUUCAUCAGCUGCUGAUAUAAAAAGAGCCGUUGAUAAGUUCUUAACUUAUAAACCAGUCGACCAAACAGCUAAUUGGGUGGUUGGGAAUCACGACAAUAGCCGAAUGGCUACAAGAUAUGGUGCUUCAUUGGUAGAUGGUAUCAACAUGCUAGUAUUACUUCUUCCGGGAGUAGCAGUUACGUAUAUGGGAGAAGAAAUUGGACUGGAAGACGGCUAUGUUAGCUGGGAAGACACAGUUGACCCAUCUGGAUGUAAUACCAACGACCCAAUAAAAUAUGUCGAAUCGUCGAGAGAUCCCGAAAGGACUCCUUUCCAUUGGAACCCCGAGAAAAACGCUGGAUUUUCUACCGCUGACAAGACCUGGUUGCCGAUGGCCGAGGGCUAUGAAACUUUGAACGUUGAAGUUCAGAAGGCUUCAGAAAGGUCCCAUCUUAAAGUUUACAAGGCUUUGUCAGAUUUACGUCAAGAAAACACAUUCAGAUACGGCCGUUAUGAGUCUUUAGCUUUAAAUCAGGAUAUUUUUGUAUUUAAAAGAUGGCUUAACGACGUCAUUUAUCUAGUGGUUGUGAAUAUGCGAGACGUGGAACAUAACAUUGAUCUUACAUACUUCGAAAAUGUUUCUGGGAACGUUGCCGUGUCGAUAAGGAGCGUUAACUCACCUAAAAAUGAGGGGGAUACAUUCGACGCGAAAUCUCUACCCGUUGUCGGAUUCGAAGGACUCGUCUUGAAGGUUGUUUAGGUUAUCAAAUAAAUCAUUCGUGAAUUAUUAUACAUAAUUUUGUUUUAUUUUAAUCUAUAUUUAGUAAAUACCAGGAUAAUUUCUGACUAACUUAGUGGUGCAAUAAUUAGCGUCC